GGAGUUUGUUCGAAUUGAUCCUGUGCGAAUGUAGAUCCAAAAUCAUAUAGCUUUAAAUGAGGAUUUCUCUAUUUCGGUUAUUUUUACAAAUUUUGAAAAAGUCAAUUUAAAUGAUAAAUUAUCUUCACCUGAUGAAAUAUUUGAUUAUUUAAAAUCUGUGGAAAAAUGGCCAUUGUGCGUUGGCACGCAAAUAGAGAAACAAAGUACUCUAAUGAAUGCAAACGUGUAGUCAUCGGUGAUGAAGCUUAUCGAAGGAACCAAAUAAAUCCAAGAUGUAAAUCUUGCAGAGUUCUCCGAAGCCGAUUGCAGAGCUGCGAUAGUACGGGUAUUAAGUUGCAAAAAUCGGUUGCACGUAAACGACGCACUGUAAAUGUUAUCAAGCAAUGUAAACGUUUGAAGACAACGCAAGUAAAUUGUCGUAUAAAUAGUAUUAACUGCCACGAAACUAUACCGGAAUUUUCGAUCAGGAGUGCAUAAGAAAAUGAAAUUAAACAUAUACAAUGAAAACUGGGGACCCAAUUGUACAAAACAGCAUUAAAUUGUAUGCCACAAGAUCACCUUAUACAUAGAUUUACAGUAUUACUUUUUAAGUUAUAUUAUCGAUCAACAAAUUGUACAAAAAUUUUUCAUUUAACGAAAUCAAGGAAUAAAUUUAGUAGUACCAUGACGGGAGAAAAUAUAUCAGAUUUAAUUUAAUCUGAUUUUAGGUUUUUGCCUCCAUGGAAACAAUAUU